AUGAGCCAGACAGGUGACCCCGAGGUGCACAAUGCUCAAGGCAGGCACAACCUGCUCUCCCUGUGCGGGAUAGCCAUAGAGUUGGAGCUCAGGCGACACCCGGAGUCACCCCCUCUGCGUCCAGACACUUCAGCAGGCUCAACUCCAGUCAACUCGGGCUCAUCUCGGAGCUCAGGGAUCUCCAGGGUGGGGGUGGGGGUCGAACAUUGGCUGGGGCGGGGCAGCGCGCUGUGGGCGGGGCUGGCUAGUCUCAGCGCUGCUCUUGUGCGUCCGCAGGGGUUGCAGGAACCCAGCUGCCUCCGGAGCCUGCAAAGACCCUCAGAAGACAGAGGAGCUCCUUUCCCUCGCUGCAGAGCUCCCGAGGAGCGUCUGGUCUUCGCCCUGGUCCUCAGGUACCGACAACCCCGGAGACGCUCAGACUGCCCCCGACUCACAGACUUAGGUGAAACAGGAGAGGGUCGCUCAAGACUGAAGCCCCAGCAGCCAAGAACAGUGAUGUGGGGAGCAGCUAUUGUUGCUGCAGAAUGGGGCUGCUCCACAAGGCUAGAGUUCAGGCUGUCAGCUAGGGAUUGGGGUUUGGAGCUGGCCACAUCUCUGUUCUGCCUUUCCACACUCACAGCUUUGGUCUUUGAGGAAGAGCACAGGUUUUUGGUCUCCAUUGGAGUGGAAAUAAAUGGAGUUACUAAAGAUCUGACUCACCCAGGAAGAACCAAGAGCCUUGGAGACACUGCUCUGGGACAGCUCCUGGUGCUAUUCAUGGCACCACCUGCCUGGAUAGAGACCACCAUGGGGGCUCUGGGUGAGAAUGCCACAGACACUUCCACCAACUUCCUUUCUGCAUUUGAUGCCCAUGGAGGAGCCCAAGCUUCUUCCUUUCCGUUCACUUUCAGCUAUGGUGACUACGACAUGCCCUCAGAUGAAGAGGAGGAUGUGACCAAGUCUCGGACUUUCUUUGCUGCCAAGAUUGUCAUUGGCAUGGCUUUGGUGGGUAUCAUGCUGGUGUGUGGCAUUGGCAACUUCAUCUUUAUCAUUACCCUGGCCCGCUACAAAAAGCUUCGCAAUCUCACCAACCUGCUAAUUGCCAACCUGGCCAUCUCGGAUUUUCUGGUGGCCAUCGUGUGCUGCCCCUUUGAGAUGGACUACUAUGUGGUACGUCAACUCUCCUGGGAGCACGGUCAUGUCCUGUGUGCCUCUGUCAACUACCUGCGUACUGUCUCCCUCUAUGUCUCCACUAACGCCCUGCUGGCCAUUGCCAUUGACAGGUACCUGGCCAUAGUGCACCCGCUGAGACCACGAAUGAAGUGUCAAACAGCUGCGGGCCUCAUCUUCCUGGUGUGGUCCGUGUCCAUCCUCAUCGCCAUCCCUGCCGCCUACUUCACCACGGAGACCGUGCUGGUCAUCGUGGAGAGCCAGGAGAAGAUCUUCUGCGGCCAGAUCUGGCCAGUAGACCAGCAGCUCUACUACAGGUCCUACUUCCUCUUGAUCUUCGGCCUCGAGUUCGUGGGCCCUGUGGUCGCCAUGACCCUGUGCUAUGCCAGGGUGUCCAGGGAGCUCUGGUUCAAGGCGAUGCCCGGCUUCCAGACGGAGCAGAUCCGCCGGAGGCUGCGCUGCCGCCGCAGGACCGUGCUGGGGCUCGUAUGCGUCCUCUCAGCCUAUGUCCUAUGCUGGGCGCCCUUCUACGGCUUCACUAUCGUUCGUGACUUCUUCCCCUCCGUGUUUGUGAAGGAGAAGCACUACCUCACCGCCUUUUAUGUGGUGGAGUGCAUCGCCAUGAGCAACAGCAUGAUCAACACGCUGUGCUUCGUGACGGUCAGGAACAACACCAGUAAGUACCUCAAGAGGAUUCUGCGGCUCCGGUGGAGGGCUUCUCCCAGCGGCAGCAAGGCCAGCGCUGACCUGGACCUCAGGACAACAGGGAUGCCUGCCACUGAGGAGGUGGACUGCAUCAGACUGAAAUAA